AUGAUACGGGAUGCCAUUCCGGCCAACAAUCCCACACCAGAACUGUUUGGUCCAUGGCACAACUUAUCGAUUGUAUCACCGCGAUUGGAUAUGUGUGUGAUUGAAAAGAUUGGAUCCAAACAUUGGCGUUUGGUGCAGUGUCUCAUGAAUCGACCUAAUCAGACGAUGGACGACCUGGUCAGGGGUUUGCCGUGCCCAGAAGAUGCUGUCAUUGCGAACUCAUCCGAAAUGGUAUCGUCCACUGUCUUUCUGAGAGAUCCGCUGGAACGAUUUCUGUCGGCGUAUUUGGACAAGUGCGUAGUGGCCCGAGAAAUCGAUACGCAUUGCCAACCAAUGGAGGUCUUUCAAAGAAGCAAUCGGCUAGUGGAGGGGAUCAUCGACAAUAAGCGGCACUUCUUUGAAGCGUACGUGGAUACAAUGCCACUCAAGUGGAAUCUUCACUUCUUUCCGCAGAGCUUCUACUGUGAUGGGCUCUUUCGACACAUUCAAAACUAUGACUUUGUGGGCCAAAUGGGACAAAACUUCUACAAUGACUUGGACAGACUGUCUCAGCAAUUUCCACAUGGGCGGUUCGGAGCAAUACUCGAUGGCAUUUUCGAGCUCGAAAAGAACCUAGCUACCUCUGCAGGAAAUAUAGGCGUAGAGACUUCCGCUUCGUCUCAUGUUCGAGAAUACUACACACCAGCAACCUUGCGGAGAGUGUUGGAGUACACAGCAAUUGACUACAUGCUCCUGAACAUAACUAUACCAGAGUGGGCACAGCAAAUGUUGAAUGAUGAAGUGUAG